AUGGCGACCUUCAACGGAUUCCCGAAAUUACCAGGGGAGAUCAGAAAUAUGAUCUGGCUCUUCGCUAUUCGAGAUGAUCGCCCGGGAGUUCACAUCUUCAGAAGCAAAAGGUGUGCGAGUGCAAGUCGAUCUGAGGAUGGCAAAAAACCCUUUCCCAAAGACGUGCAACCUUUACCCUCUUUCCCCAGUGUCAAAGCGGACGACCUAAGUCGCAAAAAUGAAUCGACGUAUUUGAUCGACGCUGGGCUAUGGAUGGCUUGUAAAGAAUCCCGAGCUAUCAUCGGAAAUCACUUUAGAAUUUCAAAGUGGACUAUACGCCAGUGCGGGGAUCAGUCCAUAGACGAGGCUGGGGACUGUGUAGUUGGCCUUACAGAUUGCGAAUGGUCAAGUAAGGUCCUACCACCUCGCGUUGGUCCAGUGGACAGGAGGAUAGCGCUUCCUGACGAGAAAGGCCUCGAGUUAUCCCAGCCAGACUACUUUUGGGGAUCACCGCUCCCCCAACUCACCACUUCCCAGCAGCGAGAUCUCUUCGUCUUGCAGGCUUGGCGCCUCCGCGAUGUUGACUGGAAAUACCUCAGCUUCGACUUCGGCUUCGGACCUUCCACAUUACGACCUCAGUGUGGCCUCAAGAACGUAGGCGUCGUGUUCAAUCCUAAUUGGUGGCACAAGGAGAACGAAAAUUGGAAGCUGCAUGUUAUCAGGAUUCUCGUGAAAUACUCGAGUAAGACAAUGUGGCAUUCAGUCGACAGGUUAUGGAUCAUCGACCAUGGUCUGAAGAGGAGUGAAGACGCUCCCACUAUCGAGGAGAUGUCGGCGAAAUCCGAGUUUCUGUACCCCACGUUCGACACUAGCGACAGGAAGCUUGUUGAAGUCAAUAGUGUGAACAUGAAGCAUUUCACAUUGUAUUACCCUGAGGCUUUGGGCAAAGAAGGCCAACCACUUCGGGACUGCUCUAUUGACCUUGCCUGGCACCUUUCUAGGACUUAUGGACGCCCUGUCUCUGUUCUUGGCUGGGAUGAUCUGGAAGGGGGCACUGCCAAGACAAGGCAGACCGCGCUCCUGAAGGAAGCUGCUGACAGGGAGGCUGAGGAUGAGCAAAGAACCGUCGACGAUUUGCUUGAGGCCCGUCGCGCCGAAACCGACAAGGAGGAAGCUGCGAGUUUACUGAUGCAACUGCAUCGACCAAAAUUGACAGUCUUGAGGCUGGAGGCUGAGAAGGAGGCCAAGAAGGCCGAGGUCGAGAAAUCCUCUUCGACACUGCGGCCGAAUUAUGAGGCAAAGGGUGCCCCCACAACACCCUCCCCUUCUUUACUCGCUCCGCUCCUUAUUCUCUUUUUCUUCUCCUCAACACCAUCAACCACUCUCUUUGCCGUACCGCGUCAGUUUCUCCAGAAAGCCCUCUUCUUCCACAUUUUGUUCUCAAACUUUUCUCAACAUCACCCUCAUCCAAAUUGGAUAGAAUGGCGCCAUCCAAGAAGGCCGUAUGCACAGAACCUGUUCACAACGGCUGGAUGGCUUUGCAUCACAUCCGCCGACAGGUGUACAGAAGACCUCCGACAAGGCCGUAAGAAGCUAGCAAUGCCGAAGAGGAGCCGAACAAACGUCCUUCGGGACGUAAGUCCCAGCCCCAGAUCGUGGGGCCCAAGCUCUCGGACUAUCCUGAUCCGCUCGAUUACACUAUCGUCGGAAUGA